CAGUUCAAUUCCAGCCUCCGAGGCGGUCAUACAGUAAACAACAAUGUGCUUGAUCUUAGUUUUAGAAUCGUUGAAAUUAAUUUUUUUCUAGAGGAAAAAAACCCAUUUGAUUGUUAGAAGAACAUUGCGCGCGCUGAUAGGCGUCAAUCAAUAAUAGUACCUCCGCUCGGGUUUGAUGGUUGUGACUUGUGAGAAGGCAAAGUUUUGUGUUGGAUCAUCUUCGGCCCCAAGCCAGGCUUUGUUGUUUUCGCUUACGAGCUGAAGAUGCCCCAGUGAAAGUUCGGGGGGCUCGCGCUUUUAUCAACAAUCGCUGCACACUACACGGUUCUUUGUUUUGUUUCUCAUGUUUUGAGUGCUGUUGCGGUGCCCCGUGUGUGUUUGGAGGCCAAUAAUAGAUAGGUUGUUACGUUUGUUUUGAACUGGGCCGUCGGUUUCGGCAGAGUGGUUAUUAAGUUAUUACGAGAGGCUGUGUUGUUGGGUGUAUUUUUUCUGUUACUGGAUUAGUAGAUCAUUGAUCACACAGCGUGUGAUUUAGUUAUUUUUUUGUUAACGGGGUUACGACGAGAGGACCGGAAAGAUUUGGUUGGAAUCAAAAGUCAAGCGCAUCAUGGAGCUGGCCAUGGAUAGAGGGUUGGUGGACGGGGAAGAGCCCAGUUUCAGAUUUCACAUUGAUACCAACUCGUUUAGCGCCGACGAUUUCGGUUUGUUUGUCAACGCACUCGAAAGAACCUACGCCAACGUGGGCAAACAUUCGGCAAUGAUCGUUGAACAGCAGGAGUACGAUGAUGAUUCGGACGACGACAGUAUCUACGAGAAGCUGCGCUUCGGAAAAGCGACGGACAGUAUAAGUGGCUACGAAGGAUCCAGUUCGGGGGGAACUUCUUCGCGAGUAUCUUCGGUGGAGUCACUCGUGCAUCCGGACCCACCCUACAAUUCCAUGAUCCACGAGCAGUCGAUCAUCAGCACCAGGCCAAGUUUGUUGGAUAUUUUCAAAUACUUCGAUCAAGAGAUCGAUUUCGAACAAGAGUCAUUCACUGAAGAAUCAUUAGAGGAGGAAAAGUCCAUUAAUGUGAAAUUUUCCCCAAUUACACCGCACGGUACGAGUGAAGUACCAUCGCUAAAGCAAGUGCCAAUUUAUAGGCCGCGAUCGGCCAACAAAAACUCUCUAAAUGAUAUGAACAAAAAACCAUCAACAGCGCCUAUAAAUAAGCCGUCAAACGUUCCAGGCAAAUUGAGUAAAAAACUGCUCAAUAUAUUCGAAAGUGAAAUUCCAUCCCCAAACAAUAGGAAAGUGGUGCUGAACUCGACGCCGAAUCCACAUCCGAAGCCGCCGCGGAAGGCUCCAAUUAUUCGCCGAAACGAAAUUGAGCAGUCGGAAGAAUUGCGGAAGAAAGUAGAUAAUAGCAGAGCAAUCGAGCACGGUCCGACGAAAAGUGCAAUGUUAGCCGAGGCCACCAAAGUUGCCCCGAUGGCCGAACCACCCGUCAAGGUUUGCACAGUGAAGAUCGUGAACGCCACGCGAAAGGUGGACUCGGUAAAUCUGCUCGGAACCGAUCCGAAAAGUUCCUUGGGUCGCGAUAAGUGUUUCGUGCGCAAUAUUAACGACCUAUUCCUACACUAUCGGACCAAGCUGGAGCCAACCUUCGAUCAGCAGCAGGUUCAGCAGGUCCUGAAGCAGCUGGAGAAACCUCCAACCCCGGAUGUGCUGGCAACUCCUAUGGAGGAGACACCUCAUUUCGACCCGGCCAAAGCGACCCGCAAGAAAACUCCCGCCGAAACUGCUCAACAAAUCCACUUCCGGCUCCAGAAUCAAACCUACCGUUGCCAAAUGCGAUCGCUCAUCGACAGCCAAAACUUUGUCCACAUGAGCGCGGCCAAUCGGAACCAGCUGUUCCACCUGGACAAAAUCUUCAAUCGGUCCAGCCUUAGCCUCAUCCACAUGGUCCUGUCGCUCAUCAAGGAAAACGUCAUCGUCGAGGAGGAUCGGGUCUCGAUCGACCUUCAAACGAACGAUUACGAUGGAUUCGUCAAAACCAUGUCCGCCGGAUCGUACGUGAUCGACGCCAUGACCACCAGCACCAUUCGCGAGAAUUGUGUCUCGGUGGAAAUUCUGGCCAUCGACGAAACCAUACCCGGCGGUUCCAAACCGGUCAAGAUCGUCCUCUCUUUCGUGAUUGAAACGAGCGACGAAUCGCGAAAACGCCAAGCCACCACCGGUGACGUUGACCGUCCGGCACCGGCAGCCGAACCCGUUUCGGACUUUCAGAUCACGGUCCGGAUGCGAUUUAAGCCUCCGGAGAACGAGCUGCAGAAAUCGCACGAAACCGGCACAAACCUGAGCGAGCACCAGCUGCGGGUGCAAGCCUCCCUGCAACGACUGAACAUCCCGGACUGGUACAAGCAGUACUCGGGGAAGGAUGGCAACAAUCCGACCCUGGGCUCCCACCUCCAGGGCACCCCAGCCCCUCCAGGCGGAAUCCUGCGGAAGCGUAACUCCGACGUGGGUCGCUGGACCGGACUGAGCUCGAAGACCACCUCCCUCAGCUCGCUGGGAUCGCACCGGUCGGAUCGAAGUCCGGUCAUGUUGAGCCCUUCGGCCCACAGCCACCAUGGGGGUCAGACCACGACCACUGCCGGUGUCACUCCGGGUGCCGGAUUUUCCCGGUGGUCCACCUCCCAUCUCAACUCGAACCAGACUUCACCGAGCGUGUCGACCCGGGGGUCAUUCUCGCGGGGCGGUCUGAAUGCCAGUGUCAUUUCCGGCUACUCGACGGCGUCCACCACGGUCGGAGCGACGGCAACCGGGAACAGCGCAAUCCGGAACUCGUUCCGGCAACCGUACCUGGGCUGGCGGAGUCAGGAGAAGUUGGCACAGCCCCGAACGCCGGCGGAGAGGCUUGCAUCGACGCUCCUAUCGCAGCAGAAGGCCAAGGAACAGAGCCAACAACAGCAUCAGCAUCAGCAACAGCAACAGCAAAAAGUGGACCCGGUAGUGACGCCCGAGAUCCAAUCAUCCAUCAAGGAGGUCACCUCGGCGAUCGUCCACUACGUCAACGACCAAACCAACCGACACUCACGCAGCAGAUCCACUAGUCCAAGCCAAAGAUGUUGGCUAGAAAGUUCGUUCGUCGGAACCCGUCCACUGGACUCGCCGCAGACGCCCAUGAUCGACAACAACAGCACCACCGGCAGCGGACUAGCGGGACAGCCGGGUCCCGGUGGUUCGAUGAUGGCCGGGGACCACUACCGGUACAAUGCCGGCCGGAUGAAUGGCGUCGAAGCGGCCACCACGACGAUGACGACGACGACGAUGCCCAGCUUCUCACUUCCGCCGGAUCAGCAGUCGCCCGGAUCGGCCACCCUCGAAGAUGUCCUCGCGUCGCUCCUCGGGCUGCCGGCCGAAUCGCACAGGUCCUCAGUUUCCAGUAACCAUACGCUUCAGAUCGAACCAGUCCAGACGAGAAGGCGCAGUGAGGGUGAUGCCGGUAGACGGCGCAACGAUAGUGGCGGUUCCGGUGCGAUUAGCAGUGGUGCCAGCAGCAGCAAGGACGCCCACAGCCGUCGAGUUUCGCUGGACUCGUGCGAUACCGGACACACCAAGAGCCACCAGGGAACGGCAGGAGGAGGAGGAGGAGCCGGCAGCGGCGGAGGUGAUUCGUUGAAGUGCCGCUAUCCCAAGUGCGACUCCACAGCUACCAUCGCCGAGGCUAAGAAAUCGUACAAAAGCUGCCACAACUGUUCACAUUUGUACUGUUCGCGAGAGUGCCGCAGGGCUCACUGGGAGAAACAUCGUAAGGCUUGCCUGCAUUCGAGGAUUUCUGCGCUGUGCCGACUUGUGUUGUCCACCUGCAAGGACGAUGCGGACACUUUGCGUCACCUCAGUGUGCUGGCCAGGCGUGGCUACUUGGCGCAAGGACGGGGUGUUGUUAGAAUACUAUUUCGUAGUCCGGAGAAUGCGGACGCAUUUAUCAAACAGGGUUUUCAGUGUUUAGGUGAGGUAUCGUACGUUCGCUGGCCGGAUCUACUCCCGUCAGAAAUGGGCCCAGAACUGUAUUCGGAGCUGCUCAAAUUGAGCACCGAGUACAAGCCCGAUUCCAAAAUGUUGAUUUAUGUGGCCAUUUGUGUCGUUUCGGAAGCUCCGGGUAAUGCUACCGCUCCAGUGAAAUGGGAACGCCAGCUGGUGUCACGAUGCGCCAAGCUCAAACUUUGCCGGUCCGUAAUCCACGAAAUCAGUAAUACUCCAAAGGAACGUCAAGUUCCCAAGAAGGACAACGUGACCGAUGUACUGAUUCUGUCGUUCAAUAUCAUGUCCAAGACAACGCAGAAGAGUCGGGAGCUGGUGUCUCUGAACAUUCAGAACGUGUUGCGUCAGCGAGGCGUCAUCCUGCGGAAGCAUUACCCCGAAGUCUUCCAGCGACUGUCCACCUUUGUCGAGGGUUCAACCGAUCGAUUCUUGCCGGUAACGAUGCAUCCGAGAGAUAGUGUCUCGGGUCGUCCCUUCGUUUGCAUCAUAAUGCCUAACUACAACGACACGGACAAACUGCCGAUCUCGGAAAACAACGACGACGACCGAGUCGUGACCAUGGACGUUGGGACGGAUCAGCUCAUCGGAAUCACCAGCACCGUCAUGGAAGAUUCCGAGAGCAAUCAGUAGACAGUAAUUGAGUGAAUAGAUUUUUAACAGAAAUUCCUCCGAUCUUUUCCACGGUUUAGGUUUGGGUUGUGAAGAACGUACACGGUUGAAACAACGCACCUGAUUGGUGUUAAAUUGCACCCAAAAGUGAGUUGUUGUUUAAUCGCACACCAGCAUCACGCGACCCACAAAAGCUUCCGAAGUGAGAAUCAAUAAAAUAAACAGGACAAAGAUCAGGUAAGUUUUGAUGGUAAACAAUUAACGAAAAGUCAACUGACAAACAGAAGGGUAAUAAAUCGAAAAUUAAAUAACGCCAAAUUUUUUAUACACGGUAGACUAGAAUACAUCAAACCCGAGUCCAGAUUCAAUCAACCUUUACCCCUCUGUGAAGGAGAAAAAAUCUUUUGAAAUCUUUCCUCGCUAUCUAAAACUAAAAAAAAACAAAAGAGCUUGUAAAUUUCCACUGUCAGCUGACGGGUAAUGUAAAUAGAAACGCGUUUACUCAUUGUUUCCUUUAGAGCAGUAAAACAUUUCCUAUCCCCUUUUCGGACAUCUUUCCUUUUCCCUACAAGUUUCGGAUAGAAGUUAUCACAGAAUUAGGAUUAGCCUAAAAAAAGUUUUAUGAACCAAAAAAACAAAAGAAACCAAUUUGGAACUAGUUCACUUGUUGUUAUUGAAUCAAAUUAGUACGUUAGUCAAAAACAAAAAAAGAAGGUAAAAAGUAGUAUACGGAGGGGAUAUUGAAUAUGUAGAUAACGGUUUUAUUUUCGUUGAUAAUUGGGAAUAGCUAAAAUCUACUGCUAGCAAUAAUCAAUCAAAUACACAAGUCGUGGAUACUGUGCCAUAUCGGAAAUUAUUUACCUUUUCCCAAAAACAACAGCGACCAAUGGUGAGGAACUAAAGUGAUCGGUGGCUUAAUACGAGAGAAGUGCGAAGAUUGAAAUUAUGUAAAACGACUAAUUCUAUUACCUACUGUUCUGUGACUCUGCCAAAUGUUAUUUUGAUAUUUUAUGACAAACAAAACGAGUGUAAUAACAAUCUAAAUGCAAAGCUGAAAAGAAAAAGCCUACUUACAUCACACAAUAUGAAUUUCUAUCUCAUAAAUUCGAUGGAAUUUUCAACAAUAGGGAUAACAAAUCAAAAAAUUAUAUGUUUUUUAAGUUUUAGCUUGAAAAAUACAUAAAAGAGCAUCCUUGAAUUAUGUUGCGUUGCAACUUAUUUUGAUUUGAUUUUCUUGGCCAUCUCUAGGUAGCAUCUAGCAUCUAGCCCUGUUGAGACGGAUUGAACUUCACGAUCCGACAUCAAGAGGGCUACCGAAAGUAAAGAUGGCAAGUCGACGUAACGUCCAUUUCAACCGUUAAGAAGAAAUGCUUGAAUUUCGCGCGCGAUCUACAAGCAUUGUCUUGGCAAAAACCCGAAGCGAACCUCAUAGGGGGAGGCAAUCGGGAAGCCUUCUUGCUAACUGGUGACCCGGGGGUCGCUCUCUUAGACUCCAGACGCUGAUCGGAAAAGUCGCUUGUUGAAAUCGAAAUAUCGUAUUUUUCGAAACUCGUAGUCGUUGUUGAAGUGGAAGUUGUGUGGCCGUAUCGGAAAACCCAAAAGCCGUUGAGGCUGGCAAUCUCCGACGCUGUUGUUCCGCGCAUUCGGUUCGGUCUAAACGGGGAGUCGGUUAGUGGAAAUGCUUACUGGUUGUCGAACCUGGUCCUUGGAGGCCAGUUGAAGGUCCGCGCUAAGACGCUGAACGUAAGGAAUCGGCGCGUCGUCGGUAAGUCAAUUUUGCUUUUAAAUUUCAUUUGUUACAUUUUGAUUUUUUUCCCUUGAAAUUGCCAAAAAUUCAACACGAGAUUCGCGCAAAUUUAAAUUGUCCCCCCCCCUGAGGUAAGAGUACGGGCUAAUUAAAUAGAUGACCGUUGGCACAUCUACACAUCGCUUGGCGCUUAAGUGCCGACGGUAAAGUUUGCGCCUUUUAAUCUCGCCAGUUAAUUACCGAUACGUAGCAAUUUUUAUGGCCAAAACCGCUUAUUUUGGAUUUAUGCUUGUCCCAUCACAGCAGACGGACUCAGAACUUAACGCUGCGACUCGGAUGAUCCUCCAGUAGAACACCCUUUCUUUAAAGAUACAUGUCCAUACAGCGAAUAAACUUCAAACGUAACUUUUGAAGCUUCAAACGCACUCUUCUUAGAUGCUCCCUGUGGAAUCCCGGACGGCCUGUUUUAGGGUUCAUCUGGAGAUUGGCGCAAAACUGACGAGGUUGCUAGCUAGAUGCUAGAAGUCAGUUGUCAGUUGUGCUAGCGAUUACUCAUCAUCGCUUGUCUCUCAAUAUGGCUCUCAUGGUGAAAGAGCAAAGAAGGCAUACUCGAGGAUACCACACUCCCAUAAGGUGGAUUACCGUUCUCGGCUUUCUGCAGAAUUCAACUCCGCAUUUUUGACGUCCUCGCAUUCCCUCUGCACCGGGUUCUUGGCUGCCUGAAGGGUCUAUAAACGGCAAAUAUGUUGGCACCAGCCUUUCGAACCAUUGACAAUUGAACUGAUCAACUGGCGGUACUUUCUGGAGCAGCCGUGAUCGCGUGAUCCGAGGAAUUGCGUGAUGUAGUCUUCUUCAACAAUUUUCCUGUCUAUCCAAUUCAGGUCGUUCGGAAUGUGACAAUCGUGACAAUGAAUCCAUCCAUAUAUCUCAGAACAGUGUCACAGUGUACUGUACCCGCAAGAAAAGCUGCCCUCUAUUUACAAAGCCAAGGUGGACAACAUGACGCCCGCUAUGUGAAGGUCCCCUCUGACGAGAUGGUUUGGCAUCUGCGUAUACCCCGCAGAUUCAUCAGCUAACACGCACACUACUGAAUCUUUGUAGGUUAUAUUGUUUAUGCAGGGCUCUUUUCAAGACCAUUUCUUUAUAUUAAAACACCUCUUGUAUAACCAGCUGAGUUAGUAAACCCGUCUCAAGCCUCAGGGUUGGCACAUUCGUAAUGGAUAAAAUUAGAACUGUAUUCCUCCCGAAACUUCUACGCAACACACUAGGGGCUUAAAAUAACCCACCCUUUUUGGGAAUGGUUGGUGAUCCUUAAUUUAAGGUUUGGCUAACACGGUAGGUACUUCGCAAAGCGGGUUCCGUUGCUUGGUGAUUGUGCUGUUGGGUUCAGCGCAGAUAGUUAGUUGCAUCAUAAUGGUCGCACACACGCUGUGGAUAAUUGGGAGAAUCGAAGCGAUCGACUGAUGAGAUUGAUGAGCUAGCACAGCGAAGAUGUCGGGAGCGGUACUUGCGUCACGCUUUGUGCACAGGGAAGGCCGAUUAUAGGAACCUACCUUCGGUCUGUAGUUAUUGACGCCAAAGCAAGUCAGCAACACACGAGGGUGGCCAACGGACUACGGUGAGAUUGACCUGUAAGAUAUCCUUACCACUUCCACCGACGUUUAUGGGACUCCCUUUGUUCGGCAUCAGAGCGGCACGCUUACAACACCAAAGUCGCAGGAAAUGCCACUACAUCCAUAGAAAAAAAAACCCCAAAAAUUUCACUUCUCAAUACUGAGUACAUUUCUAUUUGCACACACCUCCCUUACUCCCACGUUCUUAAAACUAGGCCAAACCUGGAGGGCAAUGCCCUGGUGUUGCUGCUAAGCUGAAGGCUGUUGGCUUCUUCGAAGGUAGUAGGUCCGCCGGGUUGGAAGCUUGUGGACCACGGGCUUGUAGGACGUCUGCUGCUUCAACGGGGAGGCUGUCGAUCCGAUGGGUUCGGGAAUCGGAAUCGACCAAACACCUUCGUCCGUAUUGUUUCCGCGGCCACGUAGCAGUUCCGGAAUUCUUGCCGAAAACCAAGUGGUCCUAUGAUGGAACAAUAGAUUCAUAAGCGGGCAUAUCCUGGCGAUGACCAAAAUGGCGGUGCGGCGGCUUCUUGGCUUACCUGGCGUCUGGCUUUUUACACUAAGUAAUACACUGGGUUCUUAGCUAAGUAUAGCGUUUUAGCUUUCCACCCGUCUGUGGUUGGGGCUUGUGAUAUAGCUCAGUUGGUAAGUCAGUUGCUUCCUGAGCAGAUGUCCGUGAGUUCGAGCCCAAGAGUAAACAUCGAACACAGUUGUACCGGACAAGUUUUUCAAUGACUGUCCGCCAACUGCAUCGUUGAUAUUAGUCGCGAAUGACAUGAAGAUGUUAAAACGACUAUAAUCGAAACAAAAAAAAAACCGUCUGUGGUUAAUACAGAAGUGAGCCAGCACCAGGAAGCCGCCUUUGACCGGCCUUGAUCCGAGCAGUCAGGUCGUUGCUAUCUUCGCGCUCGUCUUUGCGUCGGGGCGUCGCUGUCGUUCGCUUGGUUUCCAACAGCAUCGGCUACUACGGUUGGCCCUCUGCUGUUGUGAAGUGCUGAAGCUUGAUGUGUGCGGAGGCUUGUGGCGCUGUCGGCGCUUUUUUUUGGGGAAAAACUAUGCACAUAGUUCACAGUCACUGCGAUAUAAUGCUUAACCCUACUUCUAUUCGCGACAUAUCUCAGAAACCUCGAUGGAAGUGUUAUCUGACGCUUACAGACCUGAGACUAUUAAUCAGCAACUCCCGGAUUAUUUUAGCUUAGUCGCAGAAGACCCUUUGAUUAAUCUCAGGGUCGGCCUACGGCUGGAUAAUCGGAGGGGAGCGCGGACAAAAUUUAGAAGACAAACUGUGGGUUUUCUACAAUCACAAUUUAUGGUCGAGGAAAUUACUUCUAUUUAAAAUCAAGAUAAACUUUGGUUUUGAAUUUUAAGCUUUGUUAAGCACGCUACUGUGUGGUGUGUUUGUAUAGGGUGUGGAUUGGACGGUGGUCGAUGACCGUUGCGGUACGUACCGGAUGCUCGAUGGCUUCGUUGGUGAGCGCUCACGGGUUACCUUUACCGGGGUGUUGGGUUCAACAAUGGCGGAUUGUUGAUGGCGAAUCAGGAACUGGAAUGUGUCCUGAUGUGAUUGCCAAAAUGGUGGCAGUUCGUCUGACGUUGACGAACGGGUAGGAUACGGCGUCUUCCUUCGUUGACGUAAUCAGCGGACCACGGCAAGACCGUAUUGGCCGCAAUAGCUCUCCUUGAGAAUUAGAGACUUUGAGAUACCCAAGUCCCGAGAGAUAGGCAUCCUUUGCAAUUACCUGCUGCCAGCCAAGGUUUUCGUCAACUGUGUUCGUGGACUGCGCCGCCACGAGACUCUGGGCCUAUUCGGUGUUGGAUGAUGGUAGAAUAUCAUAGGAACUAUAGUAUAUCAGAGGAAAUCUCCGGUAUGGGGUCCAAUGUGACAGCUAUCUGGAAGUUCAAGUUAUUCCUACUUAGCUUCUUUGACCUUCCAUAGACGUAUUAACGGGUAUGAACGUUAAAAUCCAAAAGAGACUACGUUAACUUACGGUUUUGACACCGUACGCAGCUCACUUGCUGUAACUUCCUCAGUGGAAACCAUUUUCAUAAAAUGUCAAUCCAUGUAAAUUUGUGUUUUAUCUGCGCGAUAUAUUGUUGAGAUAUUUAAUCAACAUUUUCAUCGAGUUUAGAGCCCCCCAACCGUCUCGGAUUAGCGGGGUUUUACUGUAAUCCAGCUUGAACAAUGUCUGUCACAAACCUUUAUGUACUAUCUCAACUCUUUUACAAAGCACUACCUGUGUUCUGUUCGGUAUUGCUGUUUGGCUCCAACGCUAAACAAUACGACUUCAAUAUCCAAGUUUUGAAGUUCCAUCUGCCUGGGUCUAAGAUAGAAAACGCUCGAUUUCGAAGAUUACAGCUUUUUUUUUACAAGAUUUAACUUGGUCUUUAAACCAUAACAGUUGGGUGUUUUUACUGCCGUGAGUGGGUUAAACCUACUAAAAUCACCUUGGGCUUUGUAUGCUUGAUGUGCCCCUUGGUUUCACCCUAGGCUACUGCAUCAAGAGAUAGGCUGUGCUCUGGCACUUAUACAUCGCACCUUUUUCAAGAUGUGCUCUUCAACUUCAGUCCAGGGAAUCUAAAAUCGUUAACUUUCGACAGAAUUUGUCGAUCAGAACAUCCAUCGAGAGACAUUUCCAUCCUCAAGCAAACUAGACCAGCACUUAACAAUUUCAAUUUUGUUCUCGAUAAAUUGUGCAUUCCGAUUCAAAUUUAGAUUCUCUUUUAAGAUAAAUUCUUGCUCACGGACAAUAGAAAAUUUAUCAUUACUUUGCAUGAAGCCAGAAGCAUGGGGAGUAAGGACGGACGCAAAAAUAUGGAAAAAAAAUUGCUUCCCUGCUUCAGACUGGUACGGAUGACCCCAAGACGUGUGCCGAUUAGGUAACUGUAUCUAAUAGAGUUUUAUACACUUUCAAAGGGGGUCUAAAUUAGACUUACCGGCAGACUCGUCCUCAGGGGCUCCUACGCUCGAUGGACUUCUGGGGUUAAAUUUGCUGGUCUGGAGGUUUUCGGGGAGCGGCUUUUAUUGGCCACUGGGGAAGUGACAACAUUACAUAAUUUCUUUCGGGCGUUCAACUCCUGGUCUAGGGGCCAAUUGGCUAGGCCACCCGGGCUUAAGCACACUUCACGGUACGACAUUUGGGAUUACGACUACUACUGAUCCGCGCACUGGACGGAAUAUACAACGGGUAUCAAAACGUUUCCGACGGAAUAGCGAUACUUGACCUGUUGAUCUGUGCUCUGGAGAUCGAACACGCACGUCUGUCUCGUUUGACGAUAGGCAGGCAAGAGAGCGUUCAACCCUCUUUCUCGCUGUUUCCGGGGUUUUCCUUUAUUUUGGAGUUCGCAAACUCCACAGCGAACGCAAACUCUCCGAUAUUGCGCAGCGGCAUUACUCCAAAGUGGUUUCCAACUUUUGUUCACUGCCCCUUUUCUUUCCAUUAGCCCAUCUACGCUCCUUACCAUUUUUAAUUUUAUUUGAAUUUAUUUAAUGGGACACAUUUAUAUGUUACAUAACAACAGCCUCUUCCGUAGGAUUUCCAACCACCAAGGCAUGGCCGAUUGGGAAACCACCAAGCUACAAUUCCGCCACGACGUGAAACCUUUGAAGCCUCUCCACACAUUUUUGGGUUAUACCGCGCCCUAAGAUCGCGUUGCUUUGGAUUGGUGGUGUCAUACGAGACCCAAGAUUUUCCUUUUGCUUUUAAACACGUUUGUUGCCAUGGGACCUGGGAGGCCCCGUCACAUCAAAAACGUGUGACGCUUCCUUACUCAAGGAAUCCGCUUAGUUUAGCCACAAGUAGGAACUUUUGGAGUUCUCCCUCCUAACUUUUUCGCUCCGAGAAUUUGUUUGAGCCCGGCUAGUAAAACUAUCGAAAUGAACGUGGUGACUAACCUUUUAAGUUAGGUUGACGAACUCUUUCUCUCCGUUCAUGUCAAUUGAGCAUUGACGCUGCCCGUUGAGCUUCACGCACUCCUCUAACAGCUCUUGCUACGCAACACACUUCCAAGCAAACAUGAAACCGUAUCAAAAAUGAUAACUUAAGUCGUUUACAAUGGUGUUGCGAAUCGCAAUUCCAACUGCAUAUAAGAUCGUAUAAAAUGUCGUAUGUAGUCAGUUUUAAUCGGGAAUGAUAAAAAGUCCGCCAUGUUUGUAAAUUUGGAAAUGAUUUUGCAUCCGCGAGGGCUUCAUGUGUAAAAAUCAUCGUCAUGUUCUUUCCGCAACAGCAGUGCAUCUAGAUGGCUAAAAACCAGUUGGAAAUUGAGUAAUAUUGACCAAUAAGAGAACAGGGAAGUAUUGUCGCUGGCAACGAUUUGAAGGCUAUGAGAGCAAAAUCUUGCGUGCGCUCAUUUGCAUUCUUUUGAUAGGUACAAAUAAGGUGCGGCAGAACGCCAAAUUGGUGUAGUUUUCGUCGCUUUAGAAAGAAAUAAAAUUUAUGUACGUAUAUUGCCUCCACUUUGGUAGGUAAGUGCUGUUUUUUCAACUUUCAUAGCUUCAAAAAGGUUUGUUGGGUUUAUCCUCAACCAGAGUGAUGUCAAAAGGAGUCAUGCCCGCAAUGACAAAAGCUGCAUCUGUCUAGAUAGUUCUGAAUGCACAGCUAACUAAGGCUGUCAGCCGAUGAGCUGUGCUCCGUAAUAAGGAUAUGAUUCGCUCUACUUCUAGGGCAGAGCUCCAGGCCACCCCUCCGUAUUGUACUUUCAAUUGGGGAAACGCUCUCAUGGAGCCGUUUCUAGCUACUUUUUGACCCAUGGCAGUUGGCAUAAUCCAGGCCAACAAGUCGAUGACUUUCGACGCUUUAUCACAACAGUAGUUGACAUGCGCACAAAAACUUAAGCGAUUAUCGACCAUUACUUCGAGGUUUUUCAGCUGCGGUGUCGUAGAUGUGCUGUAACUUUAAACAGCUAUUUUCAUGUGCGGCCAAAUUCUUCUGUAAGUCACGAGAAGUACUUCCGUUUUAUGGUGGGUUAUCUGAAGUCUUUCUAUAGAAACCGUUGAAAUGUCUUCUACCUCCUCGAUUGUUUAGGCGAUGAUCAUGAGCAUGAUUUCGUCCACAAAUCCGAGUAUUUGCGCGCCUGUAGGUAGUUGUAGCAUAAACCCCUCAUAAUACGUGGUAUUACAGAGUAUAGGCCAAAGUAUGGAAUCCUGUGGAAAAACCGCCGUUAGGGCAGUAGAUCGUAACCCAGUUUCGGAUUCGCUGGUCGAAACUCGAUUUUUAAAAAACCUUUCUAUCAUCCUGCAUCCUGCAGCGUUGUUGAAGGCAGUUUUAACGUCGAUCGUCACAGGGGCGUAAUGACAAGCACCUGUCCUUUUCUUUUGCGCGUUACUCAGUCACCAUCCGGCUUCCACAGUGGAUCUCCCUUUCCGAAAACCAAACUAUCUGUUCGACUGUCCACUUUCACCCUCUGUGCAGAUGGUUGGUCUGUUGAAGAUUAUCCUCUCUAAUAGUUUACCAAGGAUAUCCACCAAACAGAUAUGUCUGUACAAUGUUGGAUGUUCUGAGUGUUUUCCUGGUUUUGGUAGCAAAACCAGCUUCGCCGUUUUCCACAGGUUGGGGGGAAGAUCGCUCGUAGAAACAUGUCUUUAACAUCGCUUUGAAAGUAUCCGGAAUGGUCUGUACUGACACCUUCAUCACUAAAUCCGGGGUUCCAUCAGGGCCUGGAGCCUAAUUCACCGCAAGUUUCUAAGAGAUAGCCACUAAUUCCUCGUUCAUCUCUUUCACUUACAGCUAAACCUGUUCUAUUCCUCUUGAGUGUCAAUAUGACAGUAUUGGAAGUUUGGUGGCUUGUAAUUUUAUUCGGGUGCAUCCAAAUAAAACAAUUUCUUCGGGGACCCUCAAUGAAUGCUUGAAAUUUUUAAUUUUGCAUCAUUACUUUUUUAUGUACGCACCCUGAAAGCUCAGAAAAAAAACUGCCUAAUCAGACCUUGAGUGUCAAUUUGACACUUCUCGCUUAAAACCGGAAUAUCUCUCAUGUUUCUCAGCCGAAAUUCAUAGUUUUGGAAACCUCUUAAUGUAACUCAAAUUUUUUUCAGACAAUAUUCAGCUACAACUAAUAUAAACAACAACUAAUAUUAAAAAAACUGUAGAUGAGCUCUGGAAUUCUGAAAAAAAAAUCACUUUUUUAAAAUGAACACACACAUACUUCAUGUUUUUUUGAAGAGAUCUAAAUUCAACUAAAUUGCACAUUUUUCAAGGGUUUGAUGGCUAGCAUCUUACUAAUGCUUACACCACCAGCCCACAGAAAGAGUACUAUGUAUGCCGUGUCCGAGAUUCGAUCUCAUGACCUCUGGCUAAGAAGACUUAAACGCUAUCCUCUACGCCACGGUCGGUGGCUGGAAAGCUGAAGUUGGAUACUAUUCGUUGCACAUCUGGGAAUAAUUUUUAUGAAAUUUUCAAGAUCAUGACCACAAAAAAUGUAAAAAAAGUGGUGUAAAAACCGCACUUUUCAAUCAAGAACCAUUAAAAUUGUUUUAGUCACACCAGAUGCAUUUAAAAAAAAAAAAAUAUUGAAAAGUUAACGUGAUUUGGCUCAUUUUGGCUUUGUUAGAUUGUGAAAAUACGAAACACAGAAGUUUUGACGAAUUUUCAAAGAUAGCUGUUUAUCGAACUUUUCAUAAAUUUCCAUUUUCUUCAUACUUUCUUGCACUAAAAUACAACUUUGCACUGGAUUUGAGUAUAUAAAUUGAUAAAAAGUUCUAAAAACAGCUACCAUUAAAAUUCGUCAAAAAUUCAGUGCUUCGUAUUUUGACAAUCAAAAAAUGGCUUAAUCUGCUAAAAUACGUCAAUUUAAAAAAAAUCAACAUUCAUGUGGUGUGACUUAAACAAUUUUGACGGUUCAUUGAUUGAAAAGUGCGGUUUAUCCACCACUCUAUAAAUUUUUUGUGGUCAUGAUCUUGAAAAUUAAAAAAAAAAUCCUGAUGAGCAACGUUUAGUAUCCAACUUCAGCUUUCUUGGACAUUAAGUGAUUUUUUUUUAUAAUAACGGAAAUCUGAAGUGUUUCAGCCGAAUAUUGUCUGAGAAACAUAUUUAAGUUAAAUUACGAGGGUUUGAAAACUAUAAAUUUCAUAAAAUUCAUCGAUUCAGAAAUAUUAGUUUUGGUCAGGAGUGUCAAAUUGACAUUCCAGGGACUGUAGGGGGUAAAAAUUUAAGGUGGGAUGAGGGUUAAUCCAUAGUCGAUUCCCACCUUCUCUUGAUAGUCAGCCUAAAGGAGGGUUUCCGAUUAUACAGGAGAGUUUUUAAGUAUAUACAUUCAGCGGGCACUCCCUGAAAACAUUUUUGCGAGUUAACGAGGUUCGUAAACCAUUUUCUUCAUCCUCAAAAAAACCUUAUUUGCAAACUCUUGGCCAGGGCAGACAAAAGCAGCCUUCUGACAACAGCAAUACUGAAGAUCCCUUAUUGAAUCCUGAAGAUGACCCUUUAGAACCAUGGAACUUAAGCUAUCACCAAAACUUAAAAAAUUAUCACCAAAACUUAAAAAAUGAGGUUGAAUAUAAAUUUUAUUUUUCAAUUGGAAAAAAAAAACUUAUGACUUAUGGCCUGUUGAGAGCAUUUAGGUGCUAUGUAUAUUUGGCAAAGGAAUCAAAAACUUCGAAGAAAAAUUUGAAAAAACUUUUAAGCUUACGUUUUAGGCAAGUUCCUUUGCAAUUGAGAAUAAUUAUCCUAUUUGAAAUAGAAGACCAAUUUCGAUUCUCUUGAAAAGUUGGCGACCUCCCGAACAAUAUUCAAAAUGACGCCAAACAAGUUCAAUCCCACCUGUUGACGAAUUAUUCAUCGGGGAUCAGCCUGUGCUCGAGGCCCUCGAGGAUCCCAAAAAAUUCUCAUGUUUCUCGAAUUAAAUCCAAAGAGGAUUGCCUGGGAAAAAGGUCAACAAACAACUGUUGAACAUGUGUUUGUAAACCUACAAUUUUUCCCUUCAGCAACGCAACACGUGUGUAUGUUCACCUCCAUACAUGAAGCUUAGAGAUAGGAUGUUGCUGUUGAUAGCUAGUCCUAGAUAUGUGUAUGACUCCGGUUUCAAAUUUGUUUGUCUUUCUCGAAACAAGGAUGAAAAGGAUGAUGAUGGUGCCUACCUACAGGGGCUGCAGGGGAAAUGUUGAACUUGUUUGCAUUUCAAAUUAUGAGGACUUUUGAUGCCGAGGCGGCCGGAUGAUGGAUUGCAAAUUGGGUAAAAAGAUUCAUAUAUAGCGCUAGUCCCUUGUCCUUGUCACGAAUGGUAGGAAGGGGUUUUACUGACUGACCGAGUGUCUGUUCGUGGAAAAUUUUAAUAGAGACUUUUCAGUUCAUUUCCACACAGUUCACAGUAAUAAGCCUUUUAAAUUGGUUUUGAUUAUGAUAGUAACUUUUUAGACUCUGAUAUGGAAUAUUAAAGAAACGAAUUUCCAACCAUUUUUAUAAGUUAGGAGUUUGAAUUGCAGCGGUAAAUUUAAGUCGCUGUAGUACAUGGUUGAAGAUAAUUUCAACAUUAUCAACUCCAAGCACGAAACACCAUUCGCGAUUAACUUUUCUCCCUCUAUUUCUAAUUCCUACAGCUCUCAAGUUUUCGGAAACAAAGGUUGAAAGUUUUCUCAUCCAUGUGUCUCCCCCGGGUACACAAUUAAAAGAUCAAACUUUCUUCAUCAUCAGAGAAUUCUAGCUGGAUAGCAACUUUUCGACCCCAUCUUGCACCAACUGGUGACACCAAACAAAAUUGAGAACUCAGCGCUACUUGUGUACUUGUCGCGAAACGCCAUACUGUCAGAUUGUUUUUUUUUUUGUGGGAAAGUUCACAACAAUUGCUAUUUUAAAUGGAAAGUUUGAGAAGUUGCUGUAGUUGAUGACACUGAUAUUGUGAGAUUUUUAUGUUGUUAGAAAACCUUUUCUCCACUCUUUUUAUUUGUUUUAACAUCAGAUCAAUCAUUUCUUUAAAAAAGUUGACCAAUCGAGCCAUCGGAUUGCUGAUUAACGAUCGUAAUCACACAUAGAAUCACCCUUAAUUUCACGAAAUGCUAUUCCAACAACACUUUCAUUCACGGCGUUUCAAGCUAGACCAUUUCCUAGUGUGUAUUUCCCAAUCAACUUCCGUCUGUCCACCUGAGGAAUGACAUUCACCUUUAGAAUUCAUUGUAACAAAAAUUUAAGCGAAUUUUUGAACACAAAAAAUGAACCCGUCCAUAUUUGGAACUCCAGGAAAGAGAAAAAGCGUACGAACAUAAAAGUCUUAUUCAACUUUUCACGGCUCUUUCGGGAAAACAAAACAAAACAUCCGAAAAUAUUGAAGGUUCAGCAAAACAUUUUCGACAAUUUGAUUUGAUUAGCAGAAACAAAAAAAAACCGACAAAGUUAUUUCAGGCUCCCCAAGGUAAUAUCAAAUCGGCUGCGGAACCUCAGCGAAAGACAAAUGAUGGCAAAAAAAUUGGCGGGAAAAUUUUAUGGCCGUUUUUGGGGAGCCAGCUUCUCGCCAAUUUGUUGACGAGACUCGAAACUUUUCCGAGCAAUCCGACGUUCCUUGCAGAUGGGUAGACACACGAGACAGACGAGAGAGCUCAGCGCACAUCCUGGCAAGGGAAAUAUUGAUAAACAAAAGCGAAAAAUUGAGAUGCCUCGAAAGGUUGAAAAACGGGAGAGGACGAAAUAGUUUUUUUAAAUGUUUAAUGAGCUUCUCACAUGUUUAAAAAUAUGCUAUGUUUCGUUAUUUGAAAAAAAAAAGAAAUGUCUUGAUUUUCUUUUCAGGAAAAAGAGUUAAAACUGUAUGCAACGGAUGAUUAACGAUGAAGCUUAUACUUUUCAUAAAAAAUUAAAAAUAUUAAAUUCCUCGAAUUCAUAAUGAUUCAAUAGAAAACUUUAGAAGCAAACUUUAGAUAUCAGAAAAUCUACUUCCCAAACCUCUUGAAAUUAGUUUUGAGAAUUUCUGGCAACACUGUAGAAAGCAAUAAUGAAGAUUUAUGACGUUGGAGUAAAUGGAGAAUGGCUAAUCGAAAUCAACUAGGGUAAAUGAUCUUGAAUCAUUUACUUUUCCUAACCUAAGAUCUAUGAAAUGAUUAUUUAUGAAUCUUAUCGAAGUGUUGAAAAAAAAAACUGUUUUAAGAUCUUUUCAUACAAGCUGUGUUGAAAAUUAUUGCUAAAAUUUAUGAAAUGAAAUAAUGUUAUUAGAAGCUUUAAAAUCAUACGCCUUUUCUACUGCAAUUUGCACAACUCUAUGCUGAGUUUGAACGUCAAUUUAUGUAACUCUUGGCCGAUAUAAACUGAUUCUUAAUUCUGAUUAUAAAAGUAAAAUAUGAUUUUAAAAGUAAAAUAUGAUCUUGAGUGGAUCCAUCUUUGAUCAUGAGCGGAACUACUAGCUUUCAAAAUAAACAGCUAGGUGCACUGCCUCAUGCCUUAUGUCCAAGGUUGCCGAUAAAAUUCUGUAAUGGUUUUCUGUGACGAUAUUUCCUUAUGUUUCAUCGAAAAUUUAUGAAAAAUUGGGUUUUUUUUACAUUUUACUUGAGAAAAAUCGAUUCACCUUUCUAAUCGUACCAUAUUUAUUUUUCCAAUCUUAUCUUAGAAUGUUAUGUUGACAUCAAAAAUUAAAAUUUUUAAAAUUCGUGCAAAAUUUAAAAAAUCUGUGAAAUCUGUGAACAUUACCAAAAUUCUGUGUUCUGUGACUCAGAUUCUGUGAUGAAAAUUCGCUCAAAAUUCUGUGAAAUUACAGAUUUUUCUGUGAUUUCGGCAACCUUGCUUAUGACUCACACGCGGUUUUUACUCCUGAAUAUAUGCAGCACCUUUGUAUUUUUCUUAUUAUAUCAGCUUUAGGGACAGAAAAGAUAUAAAAUUAAGUUCCAAUAGAACCUAAAAUUACUUUAAUUGAUGUCACAGCGUAGCACAGGCACACAAAGAGUUCCAAUGUUAGUAUAUGUCCAGCCGAAGCUAGGACGCACAAAGAGUUAAUUUUUUUUGGGAUACAAGUUUUUUUAUUCUUUCUUUCAGAGGGACGAUGGGAAGGAGGACGAAAGCUUUCAUGCAUAUUUUUUUAUAUAAUUCGUGAGCUUAUGAAGCCAAUUAAGUUAAGUAAUUAUUUCAGAAUAAGAAUCAAUCUUCAUUGCCAUUACUUUUCGAACUUCAAGAAGUAGCUUUCAAUUUAAAAGGUUGUUCUUGAUGUUGAAAUUGCAAUUGAAAACGAUAUACUAAUAAACAAAAAUUCAAAUUAUUUUUAACACAAAUUUCUACAAAGUGUAGCUAUGCACACCGGGUUAGCUGUUUUAUAUUACUUAACGAUUCAAUUUGUGACCUGGUAUUGGAAACCUUUCCGAUUCCCUAGUGUUAGAUGCUUACACUUGAGCUCGAACUCAUUGAAAUCAAUUUGGGAAAUAAUUGUUUUAUCAAUUGAGCUAAAUACUUAAUGUUUAUUUUAAUAUUUUUUUAAUAUAAAUAAAUUUUAUCGUUAUUUAUUAGAAACUGGAAUUUAUUAUAAACUUUAUUCUAUGAAUGAGUUGUUUAGAGCAAGUUUGCCGAAAUCAUAGAAAAAUCUGUAAUUUUGAAGAACUUAAAGCAAAUUUUUAUCACAGAGUGUGUAUGGUAGAACACAGAAUUUUAAAAUAUUCACAGCUUUCAAAGGGUUUUUUGAAAUCUGAAUGGAUUUUCAAAAUUUUAAUAUUUUUGGUCAAUAUAAAAUUUUGGGCUCUUAAUUUGAAUUAGAAAAGUUUGAGAAGAUUUUCAAAGUUAACUGAAUUUUUCCCAACUAAAAUAUAAAAAAGACCCAAUUUAUCAUGAAUAUUCAAUGAAAUUGAAAGAAUUAGCACCACAAAAAUCAAUCAAAGAAUUAUUGGGUAAAUCAUAAAAAAAAAUUUUUUUUCUCGAAAACACCUUGAUUUAGAGAAUUGUACAGUUUUUUUUACAAAAUCUGUAAUUAAUUCAUCUUCUUUUGUAUUUCUGACUUGGUUGUUAUCUUCAGAAGUUGUUAGGGGCAAUAUGACCCUAAACUCGCGCAUUCAAAUAGUCAAUCGAAUAUACUUACGAAUUUAAUUUUAUAGAUAAAAACAAAACUUAAAUAAGAGUUUAGAGAAUCGAUUCUUUCAUAAUAAGAUGCAGGGACUCAAAAUGAAAAUUGAAUAUCUUUUUUUUGGUGGAAAUAAAUUUGAAGGGAUAUUUUGAGAAUAACUUUGGAAGGCUAAGUUUCUGUUAGUUUUAGUUACGCAAUUUAUGAACAUUACAAGUCUUAAAGAUGAAAUUUAAUUGAAGCUUCCACAGUUACACAAAGAUUAGGAAUGAUACCUAUUAAAGAUGUUUACAGUACAAAAUGGUUCCGGUCAAGAUCAUAUUUUUUUGUUCCUCUCAAGAUCAGAAUUUUUCUUCAGUAAAACAGCUCUCUAGUUAUUAGAAUGAACUUUAAAAUAUUCUACAAAUCAUCAUUACAAAGCAGAAAUCCGCUGAACUAUAAAAAUUGGUUCGGAUAUAACCCCUAUCCACACCGCUUGAUCAACUGUUCCGAGUUGCAUCGAAUUGAGCCAUUUAGUUCCGCUCAAGUCCAUUUACCCUAUUUAAAGUCUUCAACUGGUAACACUAAAUCUUCUAUAUUUUGCAGUCUGAAAUUUCUUUUUUUAAAUAAACACUUUUAAAUAAUUCAAUAAGACAGCUUUUAGUCCUGAUAUAUUUUAGAACGCAUUCUUUGCAUUUACAGAAUAUAUACUUGUCAAAUUCGUGACCGAACCCCUAACAUGUUGAACUCGGUAAUCCAUUCGGUAAUUGUUUUUAAUGGCAAAGAUCUGAUAGCUGUCAAAUAUUUUGAACCUUUUUCGGCGAAAAAUAACUGAAACUUGGCUGAAAUCAUCUGUCAAAAACCUGACAGUUGUCAAAAUGACAGCAUGUUGUAUUACCGAACAAGUUGGUAGUGUUUACCGAAAUACCAGUACUUUUUUUACCGAAAGACCGGUAAUGUUCAACCGAGAAACUAAAGGUUCGGUAAUUUUGACCGCACAAUCGGUAAAGUUUACCAAAAAAACCUGUAAUUAUUAUCGAGAAACUUUUACCGACCUCCUGUCAUUAUUUUUGAGAUAUCUGUAAUUUUACCGAAAUUCCGUUGCUUUUUUGACAGGAACGCUUAAAAGUUCGGAAAUAUUUGCCAAAUAACCGCUUGAUAUAAUUACCGAAAACCGGUAAAUUAUAUCAAUAUUUAGGAAUUUUUCCGAAAAACUGUUAAAGUUUCAGAAAUUUCCACCAAAUCACCUUUAGUUGUUUUAUAUCCGUUUUUGAUUUUUUAUCUUAAUACCGGUGUCUUAAAAAAUUUCUUUUUCCAGUGAAUUUUUAGGAUUUUCUCACCACAACAAAAUUACAAAAAUACAUAUAUUGGUUCUCUUGGCCAUUUUUGAUUUCUAUUUUGUUUACCGAAACUCGGCUGAAAUCAUCUGUUAAAAUAAUGACAGUUGACAACGUGAUAGCACGAUGUAUUACUGAACAACCCGGUAGUGUUUACCGAAAUACCCAUAUUUAUAAACGAUCACCGGUAAUGUUCAACCUAAAAUUUAAAUAAAAGGUAAUUUAUACUGCACGACUGGUAAAGUUUACCGUAAAACCUAUAAUUAUUACCGUGAAAUUUGUAUUUUUACUGAAAUACCUGUAAAUAUUACCGAGAUAUUUGUAGUUUUCGCCGAAAUACUGCGGAUUUUUUUUUGGAAAGCUGUAAAAGUUGGGUAAUAUUAACCGAACAACCGAUAGAUUUUUCCGAAAUGCUUUUAAUAAUUAUCGAGAUACCGGUAAAUAAUAUCGGUGUUUGGGAAUUUUUCAACCGAAAAACUGUUAAAUUUUCAAUAAUUUUCACUGAAUCACCGGUAGUUGGUUCUUGGCCUUUAACUUUUAGCGCAAUAACCGUUUUUUGAAAGGAUUUGUUUCUCCAACGAAUUUUGAGGAUUUUCUCACCUAAAAAAAAUAACACAAACAUAUUUAUGUGGUAAGAAAAUAGUGUUAGUUGCCAUACUUUGGACCCUUUACGCGGUGGUUUUUAAAUAUGUAAUCAUGUUUUUCCCAUGAAUGGACGGGAGGUUUAUAUCUUUAAGGAAAUUUAUUGUUCACGAUCUUAUCUGCACAUUUCAAUGAGAGUUUUCAAUAUAGAUUUCGCUGUUAUUGAGAGAUUGCCAAAGAUAUAGAUGAUUAAAUUUACCAACUUUUGACCUACUGUUCCUAUUUUGGUACUAAACCGGUACCUUUCAUUGGAUCUAGAACCAAAAUUGCUAUAAAAAGUAUAAUUUUUCGAAAAUAAAUAAACAAAUUCAUUAAAAAGUAAAAAACCUUAUAAUCAUAGUUGUAAAAAACAAAAAAUUUAUUAAAACGUAAUCGUAAAGUUAAACAUAAAAUAUAACAGCUUUAUAACGAUUAAAUCCAUAUAAAUUUCUGUUAUGAAGAUCUCAAACAGUUUCACCCCCUCUCUGCUUUAUCAGCAGAACAAAAGCUGUAACUUUUUUGUGUUUACUAACUUGUAGUUUAUUUGCGUAAUGCUGACGAAAAAUGUUCAAAAUUUUCAAUAUUGGUUCUAAAUUAUGCCCCAAUUAAAAAUUCGCACCUUUGUUGAAUUGUUUAUAUUGAAACAAUGUUUUGGUUUAUGUCAGGUCUAAGAAGGGAACAUUAAAGUCGAAAGCACAGACAAAAGUGUCGUAAGUCCUAUUUUUGGACCCUUUUCAAAUUUUCCAGAUUUUCCAUUGAUUUUCAUUUAUUUUAGGAAAAAUUGGUGGUACUGUUAAUGUUCUUCAGAAUGAAAGUAAUUUCCUUCAGAACUUUGGCUUGGACAGUAAAAAAACGUGAUUUUUUCUAAUUCACUUUAAUUUCUCAAACGCGCUCUACUUAUUAAGCUGUCUUAUUUACCACUGAUGAGGAGGUACAUUUUUAAAAACGUUGAAACGUUUAUCAGAAAGACAUUUUAUGGCAAAAAAUGGUAUCGUAAGAUUCAGGAAGAACAAGAGCUCAUUGUGUGCAUAGGAAUAUCUUUAUACUAUGCUAACCAUUUUUUUUUUUGUUUCGAUUAUAGUCGUUUUACCAUCUUUAUGGAAUUCGCGACUUUAUCAACGUUGCAGUUGGCGGAUCGUUAUUGACAAACUAUCCGGUACAACUGUGUUCGAUGUUUACUCUUGGGCUCGAACUCACGGACAUCGGCUUAGGAGACAACAGACUUGCCAACUGAGCUAUGCUAACAAAAUGAAUAAUUUACAAUUUUCGGCUUUUUAGGACUAAAGUAGGCUCUAGGCCCAAAGUAGGAACACCAACCCUACUUUACAAACUUUUCAUGAUUUUAACCGAGUAGCUCACAGCAUGAAGAUUUUGGACAAACAAAUGAAAGAUUUUUGUUAAGUUAAGAACCGAUGAUCGAAGUUCACUAGAAAAAGACGUUAUGUUCAUAAAUCACUAUUUUUUUUAAUUUACGGGAUGAAAACGGUUAAAAAACUACCGAAUUCGGUAAUUUUCGUUCAUUGUGUAGUAAUAAUUUAAAAUAUUUCUCUCAAGAGUUUCAUCUUGCCAAACAUGCCAAAAUUCUUUGAAUCAUAUUAAACGUGGCGAUCAAAAUCUUCUAAAAAAUACUUUUGAACAAAUUUUUAAGAACGCUAAACAGACCUUCUUAUAUGAGCACAUCGAGCACCUUUCAAAACGUUGAUAAAAUAUUCUUAACAAAUUCGUUUAAAAACAUUUAUAAAUUGUUGUUUCAAAUCAUGAUAAGUUUUGUAAUCACCUUCAGAGAUAAAUUUAAGUUUCUAGUCAAGCGCUGAAGGUCAGUUCCAGAAGCGCCUUCGAAGCAUUAAAAAAUGCUUUAUCUAAUUCUUUUACAGUACAAAAAGAGAGGUCCUCUAUAACAUUCCGAUAAUUCAUAUAUCGGUUUAUAUUAAGGUAGCAAGAUUGACAAGUUUUUAUCCGGGUUAGCCCGGAUAUUUAAUAUAAAAUUUGGGAAAAGUCCGUUCCAGAUAUGGUUACCCGAACUUCAUCAAAAAAGCCCGGAUUCUCGUUCUCAUUCUAAAAUCAAACAAAAAAAAGCAAAUUGUUGUGAUUUGACAACUCAAAACAAAUGUUUUGAGCAAGUUUCAUAACAUUAAUCAUGAAUGGUUUAUGAAAGCCUGAAAUUUAUCUAUUUUUCAAGUUUUCUAUUCUUGAAUUUUGUUGAGUACCAAUUCUUUGGUUUUAACUAAAUUCUUCCAGAUAUUGCCUGGAGUUUUGCUUGACAAUUUUGUAAUCAAAUUUUUAUAUUAGUUUAUAUUGAGUACAGCUUGUAAAUCUCCAAAAUAUUAUAAGCGCCUCCGAAACGUUUAAAGAAUGGAUUAAUUCAAAUCUAUUAGAAUACGAAAGUUCCAUGAAGUAGUGCUAAGUUUUAACAGUUUUAACCUGUGUGUUGAUAAAACGGUUUUAUUCAUAUUUUAUAGCACUAAAGUAUUAUAAGUGCUAUAAGCGCCAUCAAAGCCUUUAUAAUAUGGGAUUUUUUUUUAUAAGCGAGCCAGGUUUCAGAAACACUUUGGAAAGUAUUGUCUUUCAAAAAUGUCCUUAGAGAGCAAAUAGUCCUUCCAUGAUAGACUUCCUUUCAAUUUUUAUAAAUGUACUUUUUUUUCUUGAGAAUAUUUAAUGAGAACACCGAAAAUUUAAAUUAAAAAAUACCAAAGAAGUCCAAGCGAGAUACAAUGUUUUACAAUCACUUAUGAAUAUUUGAAACACUAAAGUCAAUGACAAGCCAUAAGUUUGGCACAAAAAGACACAAUUUUAACUUGAAAAUCCCUUUUUUCAAUUAUUACAAAAUCUGCUGUCCAAAAUUGUUCAAUCGAUCGAAAAAAUUAGCUCUUGGAUAAUCCAAGUUGGAUUAUCGAGGACGAAGAUUGUCUCUUUAGGUCUUUAAAAGUGUAUCUUUUUGGAAGACAUUUGAUUCGUUUUAAAAUACAAAUCCUUCUAAAUUAUUCAUUUGACCCAAUAGUAAGGUUGCCAGAAUUUUUUUAGCUCGUAUCAGCUGGACAAAUCCGGGCAAUUUUGUCUUAAAACCUGGCAAAAUCCGGUCAUAUUUAAGAAACACUAUUUGGUUCUUUUUUAAGUUUGAUUCAAGAAUGAAAAUGCAAUUUAGCAUCCGGGCAAACCCGUAAAAAACCUGACAAUCUGGCAACCUUUCACAAUAGCUUUCAUAGGAUCUUCCAGACCAGGAUGAGUACAGCUACAGGUGUUAGCGGUUUGAGAAAAAGUAGGCAAGGGUUUCCAAAAGUUUCUCAGUGGUGGAAGGGUGGUGAUGUAGCGCUAAAUUUUGUCAGUCAUUUGCCUAUCAGCCUUCGCUGGUUGAUGCCUCUUUUUUUUAAACAUUUCGAUUACCUGUUACAAGAUGGUCGAUUCCGUGUUUUGGUAUCUUAACACACCCGUAGCUAUACCCAUCAUGUCCCAGACUAAUUUGUCUAGUAAAAGUUUAUCAAAAGUUAGUUGAUAUUAUUCUAGUCGGUUUUAUCUUUUUAAAUUCUUCAAACCUGUUUCGGGAAUGAAUUUUAGCAUUCAAAUUAGAAAAAAAACUAUCCCAGAAUUUAGAACGCGAUGAAGUUUUGUUUUUUUUUUUCAAAAAGCUGCCAGGCAUGCUGAGAACUGAUGAGUCCAAGACCAGCAGGCUGAAUUUGAGUUUUUUGGUGUGUGGCGGGUCAUUAAGACAAUUAUAAAAAAUGAUUUUCUACAGUGUUGCCAGAAAAAUUUAUACUUGUUGCAAUGCAAUUUUUACUAUUUUUAAACAAUCGUUACAACCAACUUCAUGGACGUUAAAAUUUGUCUAGCAGUUGGAAGCAUCAUUUAAAGUGUUAGAGAUUCUUAAAGUAAAAUUAGUUAAAACAUAUUAAAAAUUUAAAUAAAAAAAUGGGAAAAGUUGGAAAGAAAUCCUACCAAGGUUAUUUGAAAUAUGGAUUGAAGUUUGAAACUAUAGUUUAUUUGGAUUGGAAAAUUUAAGAGCUUCGAAAGUAUAUUCAUCGAUUAAGAAUAUCAUUUCAUAAUUGAAAGUGCAUAUAAAAUCUCAUCAGCAAAGAAAAAUUAUUUCGUAUCCUCUCCUGUUGGCAAACCAAACCCUCCGGAAGAAACAUACGAGAAAGAGAAAACCAAAUCCUGUGAAUUGUUUGACGAGCAAUAUUUAUUAUGUUUACACAAAUCGAAACGGCUAUGGCAGACAACGUUUACAUUUGCGUUCGAGAUGAGCAAUCAAAAGAAUAGAAAGAAAAAUCUUAAUUUCCGGUUCGAUAUAAACUCAUCCGGUUGAGUUUUAUUUUCCACGAUUAGUUAGACAAUGUGUUGUACCAACCGAUCGAUACUGAGUAGUAGAAUUAGUUAGCUGAUUUCCACAAACCAUAUCAAUGAACAGCAUCAAUGUUUGUUAAUGAAUUCAAAAAUUCGUAACGCGAACGUCUAGUUGAAAUGUAUUUAGACAAUAAUAGUCAGGUUAUGAAAACUGCAAAAAAUAAAUAAAAACUAACAAAAAUUAUAUAUUUAGUGCAAUAUGGGUAAAGUAAUUUGCAAAAACAAAAACUACAGAAAUAAAUUAUUUUGAGUGUCACGGAAACAGAAGCUACAUAUAUGUUGCUUGAGGGAAACUACAGAAUGGUACAACAGAAAGAAAAUCAAAACGGCCGAACAAAACAACAUCCUACUAAAUAUUUUUCCUUCUAGCACACUCAAGCUACUAAACGAAAAAUGCUGCGCCCAAACGUAUUUGCAAGUUCUUCCACGACAAGAAAAUUUAGAAACGUUGAAGAUAAUGAAGUAAAUUAAAAAUUCCUCUUACUAUCGCACACAGAAUGAGAGCUUUGCGCCUGAACAAACAUAUAGAAAGGAUUAAAAAUACUGCAAAAGGCAAGUGAGACUUUUAUAUGGUGGAUUCGAUAAGAACCUUGAACCAAACCAAAAAAAAAAUAUCCACCUAUUCUAUUUUUUCCUUCUGAACAAAAAAAACGUUUACACAUUCACACAAAAGAAACCCUAGCAGUAAGUGUAAAAAUUUUGCAAUCAGAAACGACAAACAAAAUCUACUAAAUGUAUGUGUGUGAUGAAUUCAAAUUGAAAAAAAAAAUAUCGUAACUCGAAGUAUAACAAGAAUCAUUCCAUGAAUCGUUCCAUUAAAUUUGUCAGACGUAACUUCAACCAGUGCAGUGAUGAAAUUUAAAAAAAAAAACAGAUUAAAAAAUAUUCCACAUAUUUGCUUCUUUGUGUGUUUUUGUGAUAAUAAGAUCGGAUAGCGUAAAUGUUGCCUUCCUUUUCUUGAAAAAGAAAAUCAUACUGUAAAAUAUUAUUAAAGUAAAAAAAAGCCUUCGAUAAGCUAUGUUUAUUCUUGCUAGGUUAGCAGUUUAGUUCUGUACAUUACACACUGGUGCUGCCUUUUGUUAAAUGUCUGUAUUGUUGAAAAAAAAUUAUUUCAAUGUGCUUUCCUAUCUUAAAAUAACUACUACAUUUGAAUUAACAUUCCACAUUUUCACUCUUACACUCUCUACUAAAAAAUCAAACAAACUAGUUCCGCUUUUGAAUCGCUUCACUGAAUCAUUACAAUUCCUACGCAUUUAUAUUGAUAGAUGAAGUAAACAGAACUCAAAGCUAAAAAAAUUCCCUUACACCGAAAGCCGUAAUCACAUGGUGAUUCCGGACCUAAGGUAGUGGAAACAAAAAAUAAAAGGAUAACAACAGUCUCAUACUAUAAGCAUGCAGCAAAGAGCAAACAACAGAUCGAGAAGAGAAAUAUGUAAAACUACACACAAUACCCAUUCAAGGCAUAACGCAUAUAAAAAGUAUAUAUUUUAGGAUAUUCCAAUUUUAUUAUAAACAACAACAAUAUAAAAAAAGACAACAAGAACAACAACAACAAAAACUGCAAGGAAAACCAAACAAUGAUAUAUUUAGACAUAUUGUAUUUUAUUAUUAUUUAAAAAAUAAUGGAAAAAAUAUAAUACUUGUUGAAAAAUUGCCAAA